AUGGCGACCCCGUUCCUUAUCUCCCACGACCCCUCCUCCCCCACCUCCGACUCCGGACUUUCGCUCAAGCAGAUCGCCUACUUCGGCCGUGUACUGAUCAAGGUCUCGAGUCUCGCCCAGGCAGAGCAAUUCCUGCGUCAGAACUUCCGCGCCCUCGAUGUCUUCGUCGAUGCAACUGAGAUCUCUUCCACCGGCGAUCUUGUCGAUAUCCUUAACGCCGGUGCUGCCAAGAUCUUGAUCAACUUGGACCAAUUAACUACCCUCUCCGAAGAACAAUCCGUGCCCUCGUCCCGUCUGCUCGUUAAUGCCCUGUCAGACUCUCAAUUGGAUACUUUCCAGAAAUGGAUCGCCGUCAAUACUGAGCGCAGCGAAGCUAGCGUCUGCACAGCACCUUCCACCGUCCCCGCCGCCGCCGACAAAUUGAAGAUUAGCUCGGACUCCCCACGGCUCUUCACUACCUUCGGUACUCAGACAGUGUCAGAAAAUGCCAUUACGCAGGUUACAAAGCAGGGUGCCAUUGCUAUCGUUCCCUCGCGGGCAUUGACCCUUGAGCGGGAUGUGGCUGGCCAGAUCUCUGCCGCUAAGCUUAUUGCAUCGACCGCUGUUACGGACCAGGCCAAUGGUUUGUAUGCCACUUCUGUCACUAAUGAGCGGGGAGCCUGUCUGGGCUUUGUUUGGAGCAGUGAUGAGAGCAUUGUCGAGGCCUUGCGUACUGGCACUGGUGUUUACCAGAGCCGGAAGCGUGGUCUGUGGUACAAGGGCCAGUCCAGCGGAGAUGUGCAGGAGUUGAUUCGCAUCGGCUUCGAUUGUGAUGCCGACUGUUUGGUCUUUGUUGUCAAGCAAAUUGGACGUGGUAAGAGCCAACUAUCUACAUCGAUGGAUGAUGUCUACCUAUAUACUGACCAUGAUGACUCGUUAGGAUUCUGCCACCUUGGUACUGAAACCUGCUUCGGCGCAUCUACUGGUCUUUCUCGUCUCCAAAAGACUUUGGAUGCUCGUAAGGCGGAUGCUCCGGCUGGAUCAUACACUGCGCGUUUGUUCAAUGAGCCCAAGCUCAUUGAUGCUAAGAUCAUGGAGGAGGCGGAUGAGUUGUGCCGUGCGGAAACCAAGGAGGAGAUUGCUUUCGAGGCCGCUGACCUGUUGUACUUUGCCCUGACCAAGUGCACUGCUGCGGGUGUUAGCCUGGAGGAUAUCGAGCGGAACCUUGACCUCAAGAGCUUGAAGGUGAAGCGGAGAAAGGGCGACGCUAAGGGACCUUGGGCUGAGAAGGCUGGCCUAGCCAAGCCUGAGUCGAAGCCUACACCUACCCCUGCACCCGCACCCGCCCCGGUCGAGGAUCGCACAUCCCGAAUUGAGAUGAAGCGUGUGAUCACUGCCUCUACUACCCCCCAGGUGGUCACUGAUUACCUCAAGCGUCCUUCCCAGAAAUCUAAUGAAGCCAUUGUCAAUCUGGUGAAGCCAAUCAUCCAGGAUGUCCGCGACGGUGGCGACGCCGCGGUGCUCAAAUACACCCACAAGUUUGAGAAUGCUACAUCACUUACCUCCCCCGUUAUCCACGCGCCGUUCCCCGCUGAACUCAUGAAGCUGUCCCCUGAUGUGCAGGAGGCACUUGAUAUCAGCAUUGGCAACAUCGAACGCUUCCACUCCGCACAGAUGGGAAGCAAUGAAGCCCUUGAGAUGGAGACCAUGCCCGGUGUGGUCUGCUCUCGCUUCUCGCGCCCCAUCGAGCGUGUCGGUUUGUACAUCCCCGGCGGAACCGCUGUGCUACCCUCCACUGCCAUGAUGCUAGGUGUUCCUGCCAUGGUGGCGGGCUGCAACAAGAUUGUCCUGGCCUCCCCUCCCCGCUCAGACGGCAGCAUCUCCCCCGAAAUCGUCUACGUCGCCCACAAGGUCGGCGCUGAGAGCAUCGUUUUGGCUGGUGGUGCCCAGGCUGUGGCCGCCAUGGCCUACGGCACCGAAAGCAUCACCAAGGUCGACAAGAUCCUUGGCCCAGGCAACCAAUUCGUGACAGCCGCAAAGAUGUUCGUGUCCAACGAUACCUCCGCAGGCGUCAGCAUCGACAUGCCCGCCGGUCCCAGUGAAGUCCUCGUGAUUGCCGACAAGACUGCCAUCCCAGCCUUUGUUGCAUCCGACCUUCUCAGCCAGGCUGAGCACGGCAUCGACUCACAGGUGAUCCUCAUCGCCGUCGACCUAAGCGAGGCCGAGCUGCGUGCCAUUGAAGACGAGGUUGAUGCACAGGCCAAGGCCCUACCUCGCAUGGAUAUCGUCCGUGGCUCCCUCGAGCACUCCGUCACAUUCGUCGUGCGCGACAUCAACGAGGCCAUGACCCUCAGCAACGAUUACGCGCCCGAGCACCUCAUCCUGCAAGUCCAAAACCCUGAGUCUGUUGUCAAGGAUGUCCAGAACGCCGGCAGUGUCUUUAUUGGCCCCUGGACCCCCGAGAGUGUUGGCGAUUACUCUGCCGGAGUCAAUCACUCGCUGCCUACUUACGGCUACGCCAAGCAGUACUCUGGUGUCAACCUCGGUUCCUUCCUGAAGCACAUCACCAGCUCGAAUCUGACGGCCGAUGGCCUGCUCGGUCUCGCCAAGACUGUUGAGACCCUCGCCGCUGUGGAGGGCCUGGAGGCGCACAAGCGUGCUGUGAGUAUCCGAGUUGCCCACAUGAAAACGAACCAGUCAUAG